AUGUCCCCCUACGGCGCCCCCCGCCCAAAAUCAAAACCGAACCCAAUCCCCCUCUCCCAAUCCCCCAUCCACGCGCUAGCAGCCGAACUCUCUUUGGCCCGCACCCGCCCACGCCCGUCCCGCUUGGGGUCAUUGCAAAAGCCACUCUCGAACCGGGGCAUUGCGACGCGCGCCGCGAGGGACGAAGUGGACAGGACAACCAGCCGGGAUAUAGGUGGUGAUGUGGAUGAGCGUGAAUUAGCCCGCAGUCGGAAGAGGUUAGUUGUCAAGGCGGAGGUUUAUGAGCGGUUGCGGAAGGGCAGCGGAGGAGAUGGGCAGGAGGAGGAGGAUGGGUUAGUAGAUUUUGAUAGAAAGUGGGUUGAAGAGGGCGAGCCAGAGCUCCACUCUUCUGCAUCCUCUUCCUCCUCCGAUGAGGAGGAGCAGGAUGGAAGAGAAAUGGUAGAGCACACAGAUGACCUAGGCCGCACUCGAGAAGUCCCCAAAAAUACCCUCGUCCGCAUACUCCGCCGCGAAGCCCGCGCCAAACAACGGGCGCUGGACCAGCAGGUACCCCCCUCCCAAGCCUACAACUACCCCGCCUCACAGCCGCCCCAGGAGUCAAUCUCCUAUGGGCCAAGAAUCCAAACAGGGGCUUUCCGGUCCGCGAAUUUCUCGUCGGUUCCUACUGCGGAUAUGCUCGCCGCGGCAAUGCGCAUUGAGGAAGAGGGAGUUGAGGAAGUGCACUAUGAUGCUGCUAUGGAGGUGCGCACAAAGGGUGUGGGGUUCUACCGAUUUAGUAGGGAUGGGGAGGAUAGGAAGAGGGAGUUUCAGGAGUUAAAUGAAGAGAGGCGGCGGACGGAGAGGGAAAGGGAGAAAAUGGCUGAAAAGAAGAGGAAGAGAAAGGAGGAUCAGGAGAGGCGGAAGGAGGAGGUUAGGAAGAAGCGCAGGGGGAAGGUUGGGGGUACUUGGCUAGAGGGGUUUAUGGGAGAGCUGGGGGGGGGCGGAGGCGGCAAUGUGGUGGAGGAAGCUAAGUAG